ACAACUUCCUACACAAGGAAAAAAGCCGGUUGAGUUCCGUCUUCCCGGUCACUUUCACCUCGCCGGUGUCCGUUUAUUAACAAAAUGUAUUACAAAUUUAGCGGAUUUACCCAAAGACUGACGGGAGCUGUGUCAUCCUCCGCAUACAGUCCGCAGGGCUUGAGGUCAAAUAUACCAUCUGAAUCCCCUGCCAUCAUCUUUGCCACCCCAACUAAACUGGUGUCUCAGUCGAAUGCUGCAGUGGAGUAUAUGGGUGCCAACAAGGUUCCAGAUCUCCAGAGGAUAUUUCAGGUCUCUGACGAGAUUCCUGUUCAUCUGAAACGAGGUGUUUCAGACAGACUCUUGUACAGGACCACCAUGGCAUUGACAGUCGGGGGAGCUCUCUACUGUCUCGUAGCUCUUUACAUAGCAGCGCAGCCCAAAAACAAAUGAACUCUACCCAGCCUAUUUUCAUCGACUCAGCAUUAAAAUAACAUUUGGGGUGUGUA